GGCAUCUAGUUCUAUGUAGUUUACGGCAACAUGUUGGAGACAGUGCUAUGUGCUGGGGUGGUGAGCAGAGUGAGUUCAGUUCUUCAGCGGGAUGUUAAGCAGUUCGGCAAACAGUUCCUCUUUGACCGAAAGGAAGAAACAUGCUGGAACUCUGAUCAGGGAUCAUCUCAGUGGAUUACACUGGAAUUCCCACACAAGAUCUGCAUAUCAGAAAUCCACAUCCAGUUCCAAGGUGGCUUUUCCAGCAGGAGCUGCAUACUAGAAGGAGGCCUUAAAGAAGGUGAACUAGUGAAGAUUGCUGAAUUUUACCCAGAAGAUAACCAUACCCUUCAAAAAUUUAAUUUUCCAGAGGAGUAUACUGAAAAACUGCGUCUCUGCUUUCCCAACAGUACAGAUUUCUUUGGGAGGAUUGUGGUCUACCACCUCGAUGUGCUGGGGCGCAAGAACUGAAACUGCACUACAGUGGAUUAGGAUCAGUAACCAGCAAUUGUUUUUGGUAUAAGGAGUCCAAUCAACUGCGCUACAUCUUAAUGCCAAGAGUACAAUUAAGUGUACUAUAGACGCUACAGUCCAGUUAUAAAGAUGAUAUCAAGUGACCUUUACAUUCUGCUUGGACCUCUAUCGAACUGAAACUUGCACAUUCAAGGCUUUUUAGUGGGCCAAAUGUUAUUUUAUUAUUAAAAUGAAAGCUAAAAUUAAAAAUGUCAAAUAUUUAUAAUAAAUUGACUAAAAGCUU